AUGAGGUCCGCACCUAAGCUUCAGGGGUAUGCUCUCAUUCAAUUCCGGGAGUUCGGUAGAACGUCCAAUGUGACCGCCAAAAUUCAGAAGAGGCGGGAGGAGUUCAUUAAAGAGAAGUUCCCGUAUUUUCGUGGCGCAGUGACGGACGAGAUGCCUAAACGGGGGAGGAAGUCCGGAGGCCACUUUGUGGACCCUUCUAUGGAGCCUCUUAAUCUGGAUGGCAACGAUUCAGUGCAUGAUGGGUAUGUGAAGCAGAGGAUGGAUCAAAUCGAUGACGAUUUCGUCGAUCAUUUGGUUAGAGAGGGAAAGACGGGAGGAGAUAUGUUCCAAACCUUCGAAGCUCACCUUGCAGCAAUAGCAGACUUUAAGGCUACUAAGGUUGCG